AUGACCGAAAAAGAAGUACAAAGGACGAAGUACAAAUACGUUUUGAACUCAAAUCUAGUUAUCUAAGGAUCAGCUAAUUUAAGUAGAGAAAACGAACCCUCAGGAGAAGGAGAAUCUCUUGUAGGUAGAAAAUUGGCGCCUUUUGGAGAUUUGGUAGAAAGAGAGAAGCCACCUCAACUCAAGACCAAAGAAUAAGAGUAUCUUCGUUUUAUUUACAUCAUUCAUUAUAGAGUUAAAGAUAAGAAGAAGAAAUAGGAAAAGGCGGUAAACAUGGCUAGUGGAUCUGAGAAAAAUCUUCUUGAUGUUUAAAUUCAGGAAGAUCUUGUUUACAGGCCAAAGACAAAGGAGACAAGAUUGAUAUAUGAAAGUUUGCUUUCUAUCGUUUAGAGACAUAUGGGUGAUGUCUCACUAGAGAUUUUAAGAGGAGCAGCUGAUGAGGUUCUUGCCAUCCUUAAGACAGAAGAUAGAAAUGAUUCCGAAAAAAAGAUUGAAAUCCAAUGCAUUCUUGAUAGGAUGUCUGAUGAAACUUUCAAUCAGAUGGUUAUUUUAACUCAGUAAUUAGUUGAUUACAAUGCUGAGGGAGAUCAAUAUAAUAAUCAAAGAGAAAUGGAAAUGGAAGUGAAUUUUGAGCCUGAAGAGGAUGAAGACUAAGAAGAAGACGAUGAAUUGGAGGUGAAAGGAGGUGAUUAAGAUGACAAAGAAAAGGAAGAGCUAAAAGUUUAAGAAUAAUCAGAUGAUGAAGGAGAUAAUGGGACUGAAUAAACUAUUAUUAAGCCAAAAGACUAGUUAAGUUUUUCAGAUGUAGAUGCUUUUUGGUUAUCAAGAACUCUAAUGGAACAUUUCUAAGAUAAAAUGGCAGAAGAGUAGCAAGAGCUUGAAAAAAAGCUAAUGAGUAUUAUUAAGCUUUAAAAUCCCAGAGAAUGUGAAAGAAAAUUAUUUGCUCUUCUUGGACCGGAGAAAUAUGAAUUGGUUAAUCUUUUAAUUAAGAAUAAAAACCUCAUAUACUUUGCAACAAGAUUCAAUUAAUGCUAAAAUGAAAAAGAUAGAGAGAAUUUACUUUCUGAGAUGGAAUAGACAAAAGAGGGAAGGGAGAUAUUGACCAUUAUAUAAGGAGGCUAAUCUAAUGACUAAGAGCUAUAAAAGUCACUUUUAAAAGAAGCUGAAAACUUAACUAAAAAAUAUAGAGCUCCUACAUCAGAGGAUAUGACCGAUAUGCUAAGUAAAAGAGUGACUGAUGAAAUUUUAGGAAAUGCAAAGUUAGCUAAAUAAUUAGAUUUAGAAAAUCUUGCAUUCUAAUAAGGUGCCAGACUUAUGGCAAAUAAAAAGUGUAUGCUCCCAAAAGGAUCCUAAAAAAUAAGCAAAAUUGGAUAUGAAGAGGUUAUAGUCCCUGCAACAGUACACAAGUAUAAGGACGAGAUUAAACUUAUUCCAAUAGGGGAUCUCCCGGAGUGGGCAAGGCCUGCAUUCCCUUCACCAAUUACAAAUCUUAACUUCAUACAAAGUAAAGUUUACUAAUCAGCAUUUAAAAGCAAUGAAAAUCUGUUAAUUUGCGCACCAACUGGUGCAGGAAAGACAAAUAUUGCCUUACUUACCAUUCUUCAAGUUUUGAAUAUGAAGAGAAAAACCAAUGGAAGAUUCGACAUUAAGAAUUUCAAGAUAAUCUAUAUUGCACCAAUGAAGGCACUAGUUACUGAAGUUGUUGGAAAUUUCUAAAAGAGGUUGGAUAGCUUUGGAAUCACAGUCAAAGAACUAACAGGAGAUAUUAAUCUUACAAAGUCUUAAAUUGAUGAAACCUAGAUAAUCGUCACUACUCCUGAAAAAUGGGAUAUCAUUACAAGAAAAAGUGGUGAUAGAGCAUUCCUUGAAUUAGUAAAACUUAUAAUUAUUGACGAAGUUCAUCUCUUGCAUGAUUCUAGAGGACCAGUUCUUGAAGCGAUUGUUGCUAGAACAAUCAGAUAAAUUGAAAGUACGGCUGAAAAUAUAAGAAUAGUGGCAUUAUCCGCUACAUUGCCAAACUAUCAUGAUGUUGCAGCUUUUCUAAGGGUUAAACCAGAGACAGGGUUACAUUACUUUGAUAACUCGUUCAGACCAGUUCCUCUUGAAUAAAUUUAUGUUGGAAUUACAGAGAAAAAGGCCAUUAAGAGAAUGAUGCUUAUGAAUGAAGUUUGCUAUGAAAAAGUUAUGGAAAGAGCAGGUAAAUAUUAGAUUCUAGUUUUUGUUCAUUCAAGAAAAGAAACGGCCAGAACUGCUAAAAUUAUCAGAGAUAUGGCAUUAGCGAAGGAUGAACUCUAAAACUUUAUUGGUAACCAGUCCUUAACUAAAGAUUUACUUGAUUAAGAGAGCUAAAACGCUCAGAGUUAAGAUUUGAAAGAUCUUCUACCAUAUGGUCUAGGAAUACAUCAUGCUGGGUUAUCAAGAAAAGAUAGGCAAUAAGUUGAACAAUUAUUCGCUGGAGGCCAUUUGUAAGUUCUUGUAUCAACUGCAACUUUAGCUUGGGGAGUGAAUUUACCUGCCCAUACUGUGAUAAUCAAAGGUACUUAAAUUUAUAGUCCAGAGUAAGGAAAAUGGGUAGAGCUUUCUCCCUAAGAUAUGCUUUAAAUGAUGGGAAGAGCUGGAAGACCAUAAUAUGAUACCAGAGGUGAAGGUAUAAUUAUUACUAAUUAUAGUGAACUAUAAUACCACCUCAGUUUGAAUAAUCAGUAACUACCAAUAGAAAGUCAAUUGAUUACUUAGUUACCUGAUUAACUAAAUGCAGAGAUUGUUUUAGGUACUGUAUCUAAUGUCAAAGAGGCCAUUAAUUGGCUUGGAUAUUCUUAUCUCUAUAUCAGGAUGCUGAGAUCUCCUUAACUUUAUGGAAUUGACGAAUAAGAGAUAUAAAAAGACCCCUUGUUAAUUCAAAGAAGAGCUGAUCUCGUACACACUGCAGCUAUAUUACUUCAAAAAGCAUCUAUGAUAAAAUAUGAUAAGAGAACUGGUAGUCUAUAGUCAACAGCGAUUGGUAAAGUAGCAUCUCAUUAUUAUAUUAAGCACAACUCAAUGAGCAUUUACAAUGAAAACUUGAAGUCAUAUAUGAACAUUAUAGAUGUUUUCAGACUCUUUGCUCUUUCUAAGGAAUUCUAGUUUAUUCCUAUUAGAGAAAAUGAAAAACUAGAGUUGCAAAAAUUCAUUGAUAAAGUUCCUAUUCCUGUUAAAGGUGCUAUGGAUGAAACUGCGACUAAGAUCAAUAUUCUUCUGCAAGCUUAUAUCAGCAGAUUCAAAAUGGAAGGUUAUGACUUGAAUGCUGAUAUGGUUUAUGUAACUCAAAGUGCUGGUAGAAUACUUAGAUGUCUAUUUGAAAUUUGCCUGAGAAGAGGAUGGGCUUAAUUGAGUGAGGUCUUGUUGAAUUUAUGCAAGAUGGUAGAAAGAAGACAAUGGAGUUCUAUGACUCCGCUCAGGUAAUACCACGGCAUACCUGAAGAUAUUCUUAGAAAAAUUGAAAAGAAAGAAUAAUUCUCAUGGUAGCAUUUCUACGAUAUGUCUGCUUAAUAGAUCGGUGAAAUAGUUAAGUUCCCUAAAAUGGGCAAAAUCAUUCAUAAACUGGUACAUUAAUUCCCAAGGCUUGAGCUUGAAGCAUAUGUUUAGCCUAUAACAAGAACUAUCAUUCAAGUUGAGAUAGCAAUCAAGGCUGAUUUCUAAUGGGAGUAAAAGAUUCAUGGAAGAGCUGAGCCAUUCUGGAUUCUAGUUCAGGAUUCUGACUCAGAGCAAAUUCUUCAUUCUGAACAAUUUAUUUUGAAAGAUAGAGAAGCUGAUGAACAGCAUCUAAUCACAUUUACUGUGCCUUUGUAUGAGCCAAUGCCUCCUCAAUAUUUCAUCAAGGUGAUUUCUGAUAGAUGGCUCUAGUCUGAGCAUGUAUUGCCUGUAUCUUUUAAGCAUCUUAUUCUACCUGAGAGAUUCCCUGCAACAACUGAUGUUCAGGACAUGCACUCUAAAUUGGUUAGAGAGUUGUAGUUCUAGGAAGCUGAAGAUCUUUAUAUUGGAGAGGGGAUUAAAGAAUUUAACUCGAUCCAAACUUAGACAUUUAACAAAGUAUAUCAAACUGAUGAGUCUGUAUUUAUAGGUGCUCCAAGUGGCUCUCAAAUAAUAGUCUGUGCGGAACUAGCUAUUUUUAGAGAAAUCCAAAAAGAAGACUUUAAGAAGAUUGUAUACAUCGCCCCGAAUGAGUAGCUAUGCUAGAUUAGAUAUGACAGCUGGAAGGAAAGACUAGGUACCUAAAUUGGACUGUAGAUAGAUAAACUGAGCGGAACUCUACAGCAAGAUAUAUAAGUGCUUAACUAAGCAGACAUUAUUAUAAGCACACCUGACAAAUGGGACUUUUUAUCAAGAAAAUGGCAGCUCAGAAAGAUCGACUAGAAAGUCGGUCUAUAUAUCUUUGAUUAGCUCUAAAUGAUACCAGAAGGUGGAUCUGUCUAUGAGAUUAUAGCAAGCAGAACAAGAUACAUCCAAAAUGAAGGGGAGAAUAAGAACAUUAGAAUAAUUGGACUAGGUACUCCUAUUGCUAAUUCCAAAGAUGUAGCAAAUUGGCUUGGAAUAUCUUUCCCUUAAAACACUUUUAAUUUCCAUCCAAGUGUGAGGCCAGUGCCUCUUGAAAUUCACAUCUAGGGAUUUGAUCAUAACAACAGACAAACUAGAGCAUUGGCUAUGGAGAGACCUGCUUAUAAUGUCCUCAAGAAGAAUCUCAACAAAAAUACUGACUCUCAAGCAAUAAUCUUUGUGAAUGACAGAAAGUAAGCAAGACUAUUGGCACUAGAUCUUAUUUCGUUUGUAGCAAGCGAUGAAAACCCUAACAGAUUCCUCCAGCUGAAUAAAGAGAUGAAUGAGGCUGAUUUUUAAAAUCUUCUUAAGAAGAAAGUCCAAGAGCAUACAUUGAUCUCCUCAAUGGAAUAUGGAAUUGGAUUCUUACACGAUGGUAUGUCCAAUGCUGAAAUAGCAUUCAUAAAGCAGCUAUAUUCUUAAGGCAUUUUUAGAGUUCUCAUUGUGAUAUACACAUUUUCAUGGAGAAUUUCAGAUCUCGAGUCUCAUGUUGUGAUAAUCUUAGAUGCAGAAAAAUACAAUGGAGAGGAAAGAAGAUAUGUUGAGUAUAGUAUUCCCGACAUGCUCUAGAUGAUGGGAAGAGCUAAUCUGACUUAAACCAUUUAAAGAGGAGGACCAUAACUCGCAGCUAAAUGCGUACUUUAUUGCCACACUCCUAAAAAGGAAUACUUCAUCAAAUUCUUGCAAGAACCUCUACCUAUUGAAUCCUAACUUGACCAUCAUUUGCAUGACCAUCUAAAUGCUGCUAUAGCUGCAGGCAAUAUUGAAAGCAAGUAGGAUGCUGUGGAUUGGAUCACUUGGACUUUUAUGUAUAGAAGAAUCUCCUAGAAUCCUAAUUACUACAACAUUGCUGGUAAAACAGGCACUCAUAUCAAUGAUCAUCUGAGUGAGUUAAUAGAGACUACUGUUGAAGAUCUAUAAAAGGCUAAGUGUAUAUCAGUUGCUGAAGAUGAGAUGGGCUUAGAGAUUGCAAAUCUAGGAAGAAUUGCUGCUUUCUAUUACAUUAAAUACUAAACCAUAGACCUCUUCUCAAAGAAUCUAGAAGAUGAAUCAACUUUGAACAAAAAAUUAAAGGCGUUGAUUGAGAUACUUUCUUAAGCUUCUGAAUUUGAAUAAGUUCCAAUAAGGCAAGGUGAAGAAUCUCUUUUAAGAUCACUUACAAGCUACCUCACCUAUCCGAUUGAAGUUGAAGAUGAACAAAACUACAAUAGUCCAGCAAAUAAAACUAAUCUGCUCAUAUAAUGUCAUUUCAACAGAACUAAUAUCAAUGUUGACCUCAGAAUUGACUAAAAGGUCAUACUUUAACAGGCAAUAAAACUAAUUCAUGCUAUGGUCGAUGUGAUAAGCUCUCACGGAUAUUUAAAGCCAGCUCUACUAUGCAUGGAGCUCUCGUAAAUGACUGUUUAAUCAAUGUGGGUUACUCAAUCUCCUUUGCUCUAGCUGCCUGGAUUCACUCAAGACACAGUAGAAGCUCUCAAAUCAGCCAAAGUAGAUGAUAUUAUUGACUUUAUGAAUAUGGAUGACGAUUUAAGACAGAAAAUCUUAAAACUUAGCGAUAAAGAAUUGCAAAAGCUAGCUAAUGUAUGCACGAGAUACCCUAAUGUUGAAAUGGAAUUUGAAACCAAGGAAGAAUCCUAUUCUGAUGGAGAUGUGGCUGAACUUAUAGUAACAAUAAGAAGACCAGACAUCGAAGAAAAAGAGGAGUUAGCUGUAUUCAAUCAGCCUGUAUACGCUUAGUACUAUCCUUUAGAAAAAGAAGAGUAAUGGUGGAUUGUAGUAGGAUAGCCAAAGUAAAACAAACUCCUGUCAAUCAAAAAGAUUACAAACUUCAAGGCCUAGAAUCAGAUUCAGACUGAGCUUAAAUUCGUUAUCAAGAAUGAAGGUAAUAGCAAGCAACUUGAAUACAAAGUCUAUUUGAUUUGCGAUUCUUACAUCGGCUGCGACCAAGAGGACAAUCUUAUUAUAAAGCUUGAUUGA